UUUUUUUUUUUGCUUUUAUAUUUUUCAAGAGUUGCCUUCCAUAUAGCCGUGAAUUUCUUUUAUUUCUUUUGCAUCUUUUGAUCAAAUAAUUGUUAUUUUUCCUACUUCCGGGGGAUGGGAAGGGAGGCCUCGUCGGGGGGCGAUGGAAGGAGUAAUGGGAGGCGAGGGGACAACAGCAUCUAUCCGCUCGAGAUAAACCCCACGGCGCCGCCGCCGCCGCGGCGCGGUGGCGACGACUUCCGGCCGUUCCAGAGAUGGUUCCCGUGGCUGGUGCCGCUGUUCAUCGUGGCGAACGUUGUCGUCUUCGUGGUCACCAUGUACAUAAACGACUGCCCGAAGACAUUCACCAAUUGCGUCCUCGACUUCCUCGGGAGGUUCUCGUUCCAGCCUCUCAAGGAGAAUCCUCUCUUUGGGCCUUCAUCUUUCACGUUACUGAAGAUGGGGGCUCUAGACGUGAACAGAGUGGUUCACGGAAACCAAGGAUGGCGCCUCGUCACAUGCAUGUGGCUACAUGCUGGAGUCAUCCAUGUACUCGCGAAUAUGUUGAGUUUCCUAUUUAUUGGCAUUCGACUUGAGCGAGAAUUUGGAUUUGUGAGAAUUGGCCCACUAUAUGUCAUCGCUGGCUUUGGUGGGAGCUUGCUGUCAGCUCUUUUUAUGCAAACAAGUAUCUCUGUUGGAGCUUCUGGUGCUCUGUUUGGAUUACUAGGGGCAAUGCUAUCAGAACUUAUAACCAACUGGACCAUUUAUGCAAAUAAGUUUGCAGCAUUAUUGACCCUUGUCGUCAUCAUUGCAAUUAACCUAGCUGUUGGAAUCCUUCCACAUGUUGACAACUUUGCUCAUAUUGGAGGAUUUAUUACUGGGUUUUUUGGUUUUGUGAUUCUAAUUCGCCCUCAGUUUGGGUAUAUCAGCCAAAAGAAUGCUCCUCUUGGAUAUCAUAGUGGCUUGAUUAAAAACAAGCACAAGACGUACCAGUAUGUAUUGUGGAUCAUUGCGGCUAUUGCACUGAUAGUAGGGUUCACUGUCGGCCUAGUUUUGCUAUUCAGAGGGGUCAAUGCAAAUGACCAUUGCUCAUGGUGCCAUUAUCUGAGCUGUGUCCCCACUUCAAGAUGGAGCUGUGAGGCACAAUCUAAGUCCUGCUUGACCUCCCAAAAUGAGCAUCAGCUGAAUUUGACAUGCCAAGAUAGUGGGAAAACCAAAGUAUAUGACUUAUCUAGCAUGACUGAUGCUGCAUCUCAGAUUUAUGAGCUUUGUGUCGAGCUUUGCAGUUGAUAAGAGAGGGAUAUUUCAAUGUUGUGACUUUCCUGAUUUAUAAUAUAUGCAGGAAAAUUAUGCAUCGAACCUUAUGUAGCUUGUAAGAUUAAAAUGAUCCGUAAUGCAAUUUGUUCUAUUUUGUAA